AUGCUCAUUGAUGACCAACGAAACAUUGUACCAAAUCAUGAACAAAUAACAUAUAUGCCUGCUCAUGAUUGUAAUAUAAAACUUAAUAUCUAUCUACUUUAUCCACAUAGUCCCAAACAUUCAUCAACAAAUUAUUCUAUUCGUAUUGAUCUUUUUCAUAAAUCAACAUUAAAUUAUUGGACGAGUGGGUAUUUGUCAAUUCCAUUUCAGUUUCUUCCUGUUAAUCGAAUAUCGACUCAACUAAUCAUUUCUGGAAUACAAGAAAAUGAACAAUGCACUUUAUCAUGUGGAGAACAUGGUCGAUGUAUGAAAUAUACAAACAUGAACAAUUCAGUUUUUUGUCGAUGUGAUCAACGAUAUUUUGGUACCUUCUGUAAUCUUACACAUCAAUGUCAAUGUUCAAAUGACUCAUUCUGUCGGACUUCAUCUAUUUGUGUGUGUUCUUUGAACAAGUUCGGCUCACGUUGUUAUUUGAACAGAUCAAUAUGUCAAUCAAGAAACAAUCCAUGUCAACACAAUGGACUUUGUAUAGCAACUGAUGAUUGUAUUAAUUUGCAUGGCUUUAUCUAUGUUUGUAAAGAAGCCUAUCAAGGUGAACGAUGUCAACAUAAAAGUAAUCAAAUUGAUAUUCGUAUAGAUGAAACAACACUAACAAUAAAUUCAUCAUUCAUUCUACCUUACAUAACAGCAUUUGACAAAUAUGCAAAACAUGAACGAAUAUCUGCGCUAAAAAAGUUUCCCAUCGGACAUACUACUAUGACCAUUUAUACAGAACAAUCAUUUAACAUUCUUUUCAUACAAAUACCCAAUGGUGAUUAUUAUCUAACUGUAUUAAGAGAAAGAAAUAUACCAUCUGAAUAUAUUCAUACUCAAGUAUUACCAAAAAAUCGUUGUUAUCCAGUUCUUGAUCUUUUUAAUGAUACUUUUCGUCGAUAUGAAUAUUACACAUCAGAUGAAGUAUUAUCCACUUUUAUGUUGUCAACAUUCACAAUUGAUAUACUUUUAUGA